CACAGGCACCGGAAGUGAGACGGGCAAAAACAAGAUUACGGAAAGAGAGUGACGUGCGCUUUAUCAGUCAGCAAAACCUGAAGAUUUCAGCCAGACAGCUCCGCUGGAUUAUUGUGUUUUACAGUGUAUGUUUUAGGGGCAAAGAAGAACGUUUUUAAAGACUGCAGAAAGGUCGCUGUGAGUUUGUGAAAUUCACAAUAUGAGAUCAGAAAACUUUCUUAACCUCCAGAGUGUCACCCUUCAGUGAUCAGAAAGCCUCCCUGUGACUCAGCUGUUCCCAGAAUUAGCCAACUCAAAAACAACACGACUAGGCAGAGGUCAUGGCAGAUUCUUGCCCAGACACUGUUGAUGGUGAGAUUAUAGGCCUUUCCAAGGGACAGCAGUUAAAAACAACCAAAAAUGAUGACUUUGAUGCUGCUAGACCACACGACAAGGAAAGCAGCCAAAAAGAAGGUGACACCAAUACUGAGCAAUCCUCUGGGAGUAUUUCUCACCUUAUGAAAGAUGAUCUCACAGCAUGCAAAGAACCUCCUACAGCCACAGCAUCUCUCGAAGAUGAUGCUAAUGAAGCUCAGUCUGAUAUCCGUAAAAGCCAAGACAAAACCGAUGAAUCUGAGAUCCUCAAUAGCCAAUCCUGCACGCCCAGCCAAUCAGAGGUGACGCCCACGUUCUCCAUGGUUAGCCUGGAGUUCUCUGAGGAGACUAAUGGUAUUCCUCCUGAUGGACCUUUGAUUUCAUCCCAGUCUGCUCAGGAUGGCAUCCAAGUCCCCUCUCAGGGGAGCGAAGGGGCCUGUGCGGGGGCUGUGAGGGCAUCUGAGCCUAGCAUGCCGGCAUAUUAUUUUGUCAAGUGGAUCACCUGGAAAGAGAAGAAGACGGCCAUUAUCACGCAGAGCGAGAACGGACCCUGCCCCCUGAUUGCCAUCAUGAACAUCCUGUUGUUGCGGUGGAAGGUGAAGUUGCCGGCUCAGAUGGAAGUGGUCACCACUGAAGAGCUGAUGGCUCAUCUUGGUGAAUGUGUGCUGUCCAUCAAACCGCGGGAGAAAGCAGAAGGCAUGGAGCUCAACUUCCAGCAGAACAUGAACGAUGCGAUGGCCGUGCUGCCAAAGUUGUCCACAGGCCUCGACGUCAAUGUGCGUUUUACCGGUGUGUCGGAUUUUGAGUACACUCCUGAGUGCAUCGUCUUCGAUCUGCUCGACAUCCCGCUCUACCACGGCUGGCUUGUCGACCCACAGAGUCCUGAGGUGGUGUCUGCAGUGGGCAAACUCAGCUACAACCAACUGGUGGAGAAGAUCAUAGAGUUCAAGCACUCGACAGACAGCAGUCAAGUCAGUGAAGGUUUGAUAGCAGAGCAGUUUUUGGAGUCCACAGCAACCCAGCUGUCGUAUCACGGCCUGUGUGAGCUCAACACGACAGCCAAGGAGGGCGAACUGUCUGUAUUUUUCAGGAACAACCACUUCAGCACUAUGAUAAAGCACAAGGGUCAUCUUUACCUGCUGGUCACCGAUCAGGGCUUCCUGCAGGAGGAGAGCGUGGUGUGGGAGAGUCUCCACAAUGUGGAGGGGGAUGGAAACUUCUGUGACUCGGACUUCAGAUUGUGUCACCCUUCCCAGAAACCCGCAGCAGAGAGCCAGCCCUCCUCACAACAACAGCAGCAAAUGCAGAUCGAUCAGGACUAUCUGGUGGCGAUGUCCCUGCAGCAGCAGCAGGGUGAGGCUCCUGGACCCCUGAGUGAUCUUGAGCUGGCCAGACAGCUGCAGCAGGAGGAGUACCAGCAGCCACAAACACAGCCGCACCAGCCCUCAGCGGGACAGAUGAGAGGUCAACACGCAGGACAGAGGCGCCGGGAAAAGAAGGACGACUCGGAUUGCUGUAUUCUUUAGGUCAGAGUCCACUCACCUCUCAAAGUCUCUUCUGUACCACUACUGAAACAUGGGACUUCACUCUUAGCGGACCUGUCGUCCCAAUGCCAAGCCUGCCUUUACAGUACAGUUGACCCCUCAUUUUCACCUUUCCUUUAUCCUCACGGUUGGAACUGUUGCUCAUCGUUGUCUACUGGACCAAAUAAAGGUAGCAAUUGUUCCUAAGCACUAAUGAGCAUUUGUUUGAGUGCUACUGUGGAGCUCCUAACUAUGCCAUUAAAGAUUGAAGUCUGUAAUGGUAAAUAAUCAGGUAUUGUAAUAACAAUUUAAUAUUACACUGAUAUGCUACUGUCUCAAGUUGAUCUGUACAUAGUAACUUGCCAUCGGCUUUUCAUCCAAAGUGAUGUACAGUACACUAAGUACACAAGGCUCUGUGGAGCUCCCUGGAUCCUGUAAGCUGAGCUAAUAAAAGCCACCUGUUAACAGGAAA